AUGGCAGCGCUUCGGAUGUGCCUCGACCCUUCCAUGCAGCAAGUAGUUGAAAUUGUAUUGGGGAUCCUACCCACAACGGUCACUACGCCCGACGCUGUACUCGACCUCAUCGGGAAUUACGUGCGCGGAAAACGGAACGUGGCUCUAGAUAGGGUUGCUUUUGAGGAACGCCGGCAGGGCCCAGCGGAAUCUUUCGACGAUUUCUACAUCAGCCUCAGGCGGCUCGCGGACGCUGCAGAUCUAUGCGGCGCGUGUAUCGACAGCCGCAUGGCCACCCGCAUAAUGGCGGGUAUUCGUGAUUCUGAAACAAAGAAGAAACUCCUCGCCCUUAGCCCGUUCCCAGCGACCCAGGCAGCGGUAAAUUUAUGCAGAAGCGAGGAGUCUGCCCGGGCCAAUGAAAAAAUCCUCAGCACCCAGACUGGCGUCUCUUCCAUUCAAGCUAAACAGAGCGGCCGGCACUCGUCGUCGGAUGCAUAUUCCUGUGGUGCAUGUGGUCGAUCGCAGCAUACUGCUGGCCAAAUCUGCCCGGCCAUCGGGAAAAUGUGCCAUAUUUGCGGCAAGCCAAACCACUUCGCUCCCAAAUGCCCCAACAAAUCCAGCAAACCGAGACCACCUGGCGGCAGCGGCGGCUCUCGUUACGAGCAUGGCGGUGGCGGCAACAAAACGGAUGGUGGCAUUGCCCCCAAAACCAAGAUGGCACGCAUAUGCAUCGGUAACGUGAAGGCUAAACACCGUGAUCGCCGCACCCCCGUUAUAGCCGUAGAAAUAUUAGACGGAAACGGGCUUUCAGCGCGGUCGUUUGCCAACGUUACCCCGGAUCCCGGAGCGGAAGUCAGCGUGGGUGGGCUGGAUUUCCUAUCCGCUAUCGGGCUGUCCGAAUCGGACCUAUCAUCUUCUUCUUUCGACCUCGUGAUGGCGGACAAGUCGGCCCCCCUCCUGUCGAUCGGCCAGAGGGACGUUCGGAUCCGAUACGGCGAACAAGCAGCCACCAUCACCGUAGUCAUCUGUCCGGAAAUUCAUGGCGUCCUGCUGAGUUGGCUGGACUGUAUCGCGUUGCGAAUUUUACACAGCGACUACCCGCUACCACUCCCCCGCUUACCGGCAUCCGUGCAGACGGUGACGACACCUGCUUCAAGCUCAAAUGACGUCACCUCCGUUUUCCUCGAAAACUUGAACAUCCCGUCGUCCCCAUCUGCGGAGCAAAAAGCGGAGAUUAAAGCUGCUGUGGCUAAUCACUUCUCCGAUGUUUUCGAUCAGUCCACGGGCCUCCAAUGCAUGACGGGUCCGGAAAUGAUCAUACAGUUACAAGAAGACGCCGUCCCAUACUACGUUAAUGGGGCACGCCCCAUUCCCUUCGCUGAUCGACCGGAGGUGAAGCAAUUGCUGGACGAUUACGUGGAGCAGGGGCUGAUUGUCCCGGUAGAAGAAGCCACUGACUGGGCAGCACCGCUAGUGGUUCUUCGCCGUUCCAACGGAAAGCUGAGAAUCGUCGUGGAUCAUACCCGCCUCAAUAGGUUUGUCCGCCGUCCCACUCAUCCCACGCGAACGCCUCGGGAUGCAGUAGCGGAAAUCGACAGCGGAGCUAAUUUUUUCUGCUUCGACGCCGCGAACGGGUACUACCAGAUCCCGCUACACCCGUCCAGCCAAAUCCUAACAACCUUCAUGACGCCGUGGGGCCGAUUCAAGUUUUUACGGGCAUCAAUGGGGCUUAGUUGCUCGGGCGACGAAUUUAACCGCCGUGCAGAUAUGGCGUUCGCCGAUCAAGUCAACACUGUUCGUGUCGUGGACGACUUGCUCCGCUUCGACCGAGAUUUCCCAGCGCACGUAGCGUGGGUGGGAUACGAAAUCCAACAUGGCGGUGUCACCGUCGAUCCCAACAAGCUGCAAGCUAUUUCCCGCUUCCCGCGCCCGAAUAACAUCACGGAGCUCCGAUCCUUCAUGGGACUCGUGGAACAACUCGCCGGCUUCUCGGCGGAUGUCGCCGCUGCAAAAGGGCCGCUCCGCCCGUUACUCAGCUCCUGGAACUCUUAUAUUUGGACCGCCGACCAUGAAAUGGCGUUCGAGGCGGUAAAAUCGGCGUUACUAGCGCCCCCAAUUCUGGCCAGCUUUGAUCCGUCACGGGAGACAUCUCUACAGGUGGACGCAUCCCGGAAAAACGGAAUGGGGUACGCCCUCCUCCAAAAACACGAUGCGCAGUGGCGGCUCAUCGACGCCAAUUCCCGCUGGUGCACAGACACGGAAUCCCGAUAUGCAAUCGUGGAACUUGAGCUGGCAGCGGCCGAAUGGGCCAUCCGCAAGUGCAAGCUUUAUUUGAAGGGACUCCCUGCUUUCACGCUAGUGGUGGACCACCAAGCACUCGUGCCCAUCCUUAACACUUACACCCUUGACGCUGUGGAAAAUCCAAAAAUCCAGCGCCUAAAAGAGCGUCUGGCCCCGUAUAUUUUCACCACCGUGUGGCGCAAGGGGAAAGAGCAUGCCAUCCCGGACGCUCUAUCGCGGGCACCGAUAAACGAUCCCGGCCCGGACGACGAAGCAGCCAACUCGGACGUCACAGCAUUUGCUCACCGCACCAUCAUCUCCCGGAUCGCCGCCAUCUCUUACGACGACAACUUGGAUCCGGAUGAAUCCGCCGUCCCUCCUCAUUUACCCGACCCGCUAGUCGAUGAGAUCCGUGCGGUGGCCGCGAGCGACGGAGAGUACUCCGCCCUAAUCGCAGCAAUCGAAUCUGGUUUCCCCGAGCGUCGAGACCGUGCACCCGCCGCAGUGGGAAAUUAUUGGGGCAUCCGCCACCAGUUAUCAGUGGAACAAGGUAUUGUGCUGUUCGGAAACCGCAUUGUAAUACCUCAGGCGGCCCGAAAGAAUGUCCUCCGGAAGCUCCAGGCGGCUCACCAGGGAAUCGAACGCCUGCCGAGCAACCAACAGGAGCCCAUGAUGUCUGACCCUCUCCCGACACACGUGUUUGAGGAUGUUUCGGCCGACCUGUUCCAGUCGGGCCAGCUACACGCGCUUGUCUACGCCGACCGAUUGUCGGGAUGGCCGGUUGUCCACAGGUGGAGGCGGGACCCAACCGCGCGGGAAGUGUUGCACGCCGUUAUCGACAACUUCGCCGAGCUUGGCGUCCCAAUGCGCUUCCGAUCCGACAACGGGCCUCAAUUCGACGCGGGCGUUUUCCGAUCUGCUAUGGACCGAUGGGGAGUCGCCGUCAGCAAUUCUACGCCGAACUAUAGCCAAAGUAACGGCCACGCAGAAGCGGCCGUUAAGGCCGUCAAAGAAUUAGUGGAGAAAAUCUCCCCAUCCGGAGACCUGGACACUGAGGAGUUUAAGCAGGGGCUACUGGAAUUCCGGAAUACCCUCCGGGAGAAUGGAUUAUCGCCCGCUCAAAUGGUGUUCGGACACCAGCUUCGCUCGAUCGUCCCGGCUCAUCGUUCGGCCUACGCGACGUGUUGGAAAUCCGUCAUGGAGGCGAGGGAUCGCCAGGCGGCUGCGAACGCGGACGCCAAAACGCGCUACGACCUCCGUUCCCGCGGCCUCGAACCAUUGCCGAUCGGCACCAACGUGCGCGUGCAGGACCCUAAAUCGAAAUUGUGGAGCCAUGUAGGCGUGGUCGUUGCGAUUGGGCGCUAUCGCGCGUACAGAGGGAAAUUUGCAAGCGGCAGCGUACUAUGGAGAAACCGGCGUUUCCUGCGUCGCCUGGUGAACACGGGCGGCAGUGAAGGUGACGACGACGGAGCUCAGGAUCAGGCGUGCGACAAUGGUGGCGACGGGCGUGACGGUGCGCCCCAUACCACGGAAAAGUCAGGCGAGGACGAAACGGCCGUGCACGUCGACGAUAAGAGCGCCUCCUCCCGUGUAAAUCCGCCGGCCCAACGCCGAAGUGGCCGCCGUCGGACCCCGAAAGUCAUUGUGUCUAUGUAA